AGAUUAUAAUAAUAAUCAAAGCAUUGUAAAUGUAUAGAGAGCCGGACAGCACAGCUAUCACAGAAUUCCCAUCCUCGUCUCGUAAAUGUCAUAUUUCAUCAUUUUUCUCAUAACUUAUCUCUUACUUGCUAACUCGUGUGGAUUAAAUGUUGAUGCUGAAACUUGAACGAAGCUUAUCAUCGCCUCGCAGUCGUGCCCAAGUUCCUCGUUGAGUCCUUCAUCAUGUCUGAUAAUCAAUCUGAAGUCAAAUGUCCUUCCAAAUAUGUUAAGCUGAACAUUGGUGGAUCUUUACACUACACAAGCAUAAGUACGCUCAGAAAGCAUGACACUAUGCUCCAUGCCAUGUUCAGUGGAAGAAUGGAAGCUUUCACGGAUUCUGAAGGUUGGAUACUGAUUGACCGUUGCGGUAAGCAUUUUGGUACCAUUUUAAACUUUUUAAGGGAUGGUACUGUUCCUCUGCCGGAAAGUAUAAAGGAAAUUUCGGAGCUGCUUGCAGAGGCAAAAUACUACUGUAUCAGCGAAUUAGUGGAAUUGUGCGAACGUGCUAUCCAAAAGAAAGAACUGGAGACAGAUCCUAUAUGCAAGGUACCGCUUAUUACGUCUCAAAAAGAAGAGGAAUUACUCAUAGGUAGUACGACAAAGCCUAUAGUAAAAUUACUAGUAAAUAGGCACAAUAACAAGUAUUCAUACACAAGCAUAUCUGACGACAAUUUAUUGAAAAAUAUCGAAUUGUUUGACAAAAUGGCAUUAAGAUUUAGUGGUAGAGUUUUAUUUGUCAAAGAUGUUAUAGGAUCCAGUCAAAUUUGUUGCUGGACCUUUUAUGGGCACGGACGUAAAGUAGCAGAAGUCUCCUGUCAUUCUAUUGUAUAUAGUACUGAUAGGAAGCAAACAAAGGUAAAUUCAAAUAUGAUUAUUCCUGUGAUAUACAAGAUUGUAUCCUCUAUCCUACAAUUUGUUGAUAUUGUAAUUGUGUGAUUGUACAACCCAGGUCGAAUUCCCAGAAGUUCGCAUUUACGAAGAAACACUGAAUAUUUUACUUUAUGAAAACCAAAAGGGACCGAACCAAGAAUUGAACCAAACAUCACCAUCCAAUUACGCUGUCCGCAAAUUACACCUGCCUCUGGGCGAGGAUUAAUAUAGUGAAUGCUACGGUGUGACAAGAGAGCUUUGUUCUAAUAGGCAAAACUUACUGGUGGAAAUAGCAAAUUAUCAAGUGUUAAUUACUUUAGUGAUAUUCUAAUGUGAACUCACUGCUAUAGUAUUACGAAAGCUCCCUUGUUACCAAACAUUGUUAGGGUAUCAUGAAAUGUAGUAAUGUUAUUUCCUAACGUUAGUAAUU